UGUGCGGGUACUAAGUAUGAUGCUCAGAGUGAAACCAGGAGCGCGGUACGCAUAGUGGAUUGGUUCCGUUUGCAAGAAGGAGGAUUUAACCUGAAAAAUUAACAUCUAUUGGAUUUUUACAAGUGAAGAAACAGCAGGUUGUUGAAUAUACUGGAGAGGGUGUCACCAGCAGUGAACAGCUGAAUGUGGAAGACUGAAGAGCAGACGUACUACUCCAGGAACUCACAGUCAGAGUACCGCUGAGAAGUACAGCCAUCUCUCAGAUGUGGACAAUGAGAAGAGGGAGCUGGGACCUAGCGUUUCUGCAUUCCCUCGUGUGCCUUAUUACCUUGUUGGUGCUGUUUCACCCUGCUGAGGGCCAUGGCUCUCCGUUUCAGACUUUUACUGUCACAAAUACCACUCUGACACAUCUAGCUGUUCAUGCAACCACUGGAGAAGUGUACCUGGGUGCAGUAAACAGGAUCUAUAGGCUGUCUCCAGGCCUUGUGGAAAUGCGAGUGCAUGUUACUGGGCCAAUAGAGGACAACUCACAUUGUUAUCCACCCCCUACUGUGCGAGCUUGUGCCCAUAAACUCAUUCUUUCUGACAAUGUCAAUAAGUUGCUGUUGAUUGACUAUACUGGGAAUCGGCUGGUGGCCUGUGGCAGCAUAUGGCAAGGAAUUUGCCAGUUCUUAAGACUGGAUGACCUUUUUAAACUUGGUGAGCCCCAUCACAGGAAAGAGCACUACCUUUCAGGAGUUAAGGAGCCUGAUACCAUGGCUGGGGUCAUUGUGCCUCAAAACUCUGAGCUUAGUAAGCUCUUUAUUGGCACCUCCAUUGAAGGGAAGUCAGAGUAUUUUCCCACACUAUCAAGCCGCAAACUCAUCAAAGAUGAAGAGAGUGUUAACAUGUUCAGCCUUGUGUACCAGGAUGAGUUCGUGUCUUCGCAGAUCAAAAUCCCAUCUGAUACUUUGUCGCAAUAUCCUGCCUUUGACAUCUACUACGUGUACUCCUUUUUAAGUGGCACAUUUGUAUACUUUCUUACUCUGCAGCUUGACACACAGCAGACAUUGUUGGACUCAACUGGAGAGAAGUUCUUUACCUCCAAGGUUGUGAGGAUGUGCUCGACCGACUCUGAAUUCUAUUCGUAUGUGGAGUUCCCAAUUGGCUGCACAAAGGAUGGUGUGGAAUAUCGUCUGAUUCAGAGUGCCUACCUUGGUAAACCCGGGAAGCAUUUGUCCAGUUCGAUGGGAAUUCCAGAAGACGAAGACAUCCUCUAUGCCCUGUUUUCACAGGGACAAAAGCACCGCGCCAAUCCUCCUAAAGAAUCUGUUCUGUGCCUUUUCACUCUGAAGGAGAUUAAUGAAAAGAUCAAGGAGCGUAUUCAGUCUUGUUACCGCGGUGAAGACAAACUUUCACUUCCAUGGCUACUGAAUAAGGAACUCCCCUGUAUCAACACACCAAUACAGAUUGAGGACAACUUCUGUGGGCUAGUACUCAACCAGCCACUGGGUGGCCUGCAUGUCAUUGAAGGUGUGCCAUUAUUUGCAGAUCGUACCGAUGGCUUGGCGGCCAUUGCUGCUUAUAACUACAAUGACCAUUCUGUGGUGUUCAUCGGGACAAGGGCAGGCAACUUAAAAAAGAUCCGGGUUGAUGGUCUCCAGAAUGUCCUGCUGUAUGAAACUGUGCCUGUUGUAGAGGGAAGUCCCAUUCUUCGAGAUAUAGUUUUCAGCCCAGACCUGCAGUACAUCUAUCUGCUAAGUGAAAAACAGGUGAGCCGCGUCCCAGUAGAGAGCUGUGAGCAGUAUCAGAGUUGUGUUGAGUGCCUGGGCUCGGGCGAUCCUCACUGUGGGUGGUGUGUUCUGCAUAACAUGUGCACAAGGAAAGAUAAAUGUGAACGUUCGGAGGAGCAGUACCGCUUUUCUUCUGAACCAAGCCAAUGUCUAGAUGUUACUGUCCAGCCAAACAACCUCUCUGUCACUGAAUCAGAAGUCCUGUUAACGCUGCGUGCUAGGAAUGUUCCAGAUCUGACAGCUGGUAUUAUAUGCACCUUUGAGAACAUCACUGAAGGAGAAGCAGUAAUUCAACAAGGAGAGAUUCGUUGUGUUUCACCAUCCGCACGAGAUAUACCAACAGUUGCACGAGAGCAUGGGGACCAGCGGAUCAUCAAACUAUUUCUGAAAUCCAAAGAGACAGGACGGGUGUUUGCAAGCACAAAUCUAGUCUUCUACAAUUGUACUGUCCUUCAAUCCUGUUUAUCUUGUGUGAGCAGUCCCUAUGCCUGCCACUGGUGCAAAUAUCGGCACAUCUGCACUAACAACCCAGCAGAAUGCUCAUUCUUGGAGGGCAGAGUCAACACCACUCUGGGCUGCCCUCAAAUUAUUCCAUCUGCAGAGAUUUUGGUUCCAGUGGGAGUUAUUCAGCCGAUCACAUUACGUGCCAGGAACCUACCACAACCACAGUCUGGCCAGAAGAAUUAUGAGUGUGUCUUCAUCAUCCAAGGCAAGACCCAACGGGUCCCGGCAGUAAGGUUCAACAGCACCAGCGUACAGUGCCAGAACACCUCAUACUGGUAUGAAGGUGAAGACUUUGGUGAAAUCCUGGUGGACUUCUCCAUUGUUUGGGAUGGUGAUUUUUACAUUGACAAGCCUCCAAACUUCAAAGCUCUAUUGUAUAAGUGCUCGGCCCAGCGAGAGAGUUGUGGUCUUUGUCUGAAGGCUGACCCACGCUUUGAGUGUGGUUGGUGUCUUGAUGAGAAGAAAUGCCUGCUUCGCCAACACUGCCCUUCCCCGGAUUUCAGCUGGAUGCAUCUGAGCAAACGGAACAUCCGAUGUAGCAACCCACGCAUCAGUAAGAUCCGCCCUGCCACAGGCCCAAAAGAAGGGGGAACAAAAGUAACGAUCAUUGGUGAGAAUCUUGGCCUUCACUUUCGAGAAAUCAUGUAUGGAGUUCGUGUGGCUGGUGUAAGGUGCAUUCCAAUUGUUAAUGAAUACAUCAGUGCAGAAAGAAUUGUUUGUGAGAUGACGGAGUCCCUUGUGCAAAACCCAGCUCCUGGAUCUGUGGAACUAUGUGUGGGUGACUGCAGUACAGAUUUCCGGACUCAUUCAGAACAAAUGUAUACAUUUGUGGUCCCAAGUUUUAACAGAGUGAGGCCUUCCAGGGGACCAGAGUCUGGUGGAACACGACUGACCGUCUAUGGAAAACACUUGGAUGCUGGAAGUAUGGUCACUGUUACAGUUGGGGAUGGAGACUGUCAGGUUGUAAGGAGAAAUUCAAAGGAGAUUGUGUGUAUCUCUUCAGCUUCAGCUUCUGGUCCUGGAAAAGCUAGCAUAAUGCUCAAGAUUGACAAGGCAGAAAUUGAGAACCCUGCUGCAUAUUACAGCUAUUCAGAGGAUCCUACAAUUUCAAACAUUGAGCCAGGCUGGAGCAUUUUUAAUGGCAGCACAUUGAUCACAGUAACAGGAACACAGUUUUUGACUAUCCAGGAACCAAGAGUGAGGGCGAAGUUUGCUGGGAUCGAAACAGUUAAUACUUGCCAAGUUCUGAAUGAAGUUAGAAUGCUGUGCAAGGCACCAGGGAUCUUCUACACAAAGAAGAACCCUCCUGAAACAGGCCAGCAUGCAGAUGAGUUUGGCUUCAUUUUGGACAAUGUGCAUUCAACACUAAUCUUGAACAAGUCAACUUUUACAUAUUAUCCAAAUCCUACCUUUGAGACCUUUGGUUCUUCAGGAGUCAUGGAACUGAAACCAGGAUCCCACAUAAUACUGAAGGGUAAAAAUCUAAUUCCUCCUGCUCCAGGAACUGCAAAGUUAAACUACACUGUUCUGAUUGGAGAGAAACCAUGCUCCCCAACAGUAUCUGAGAGCCAGCUGCUGUGUGACUCCCCCAAUUUAACAGGACAGCAACGAGUGACAGUCCUGGUCGGAGGCCUAGAGUACUCACUAGGAAUGCUACAUAUAUACUCGGACAGCACCCUGACACUGCCAGCAAUCAUUGGAAUUGGGGCCGGUGGUGGGGUACUUCUCAUUGCCAUUAUUGCUGUUUUGAUUGCCUACAAGCGAAAGACAAGGGAUGCAGACCGAACCCUGAAGAGACUGCAGAUGCAAAUGGACAAUUUGGAAUCCCGGGUUGCACUGGAAUGUAAAGAAGCAUUUGCUGAGUUACAGACAGACAUCCAUGAACUGACCAAUAACAUGGACGGAGUGAAGAUUCCUUUUCUUGAUUACAAGACAUACACCAUGAGGGUUCUAUUUCCAGGAAUUGAGGAACACCCAGUACUUAAGGAGUUGGAUGCAUCUGCUAAUGUUGAGAAGGCGCUGAGGCAGUUUGGGCAGCUACUUAACAACAAAAUUUUCUUGCUUACUUUUAUCCACACACUGGAAGUGCAGCGCAGUUUCUCUAUGCGUGACAGGGGCAAUGUGGCUUCACUUGUCAUGGUUGCUCUUCAAGGAAAAAUGGAGUAUGCCACAGUGGUGCUGAAGCAGCUCCUGUCGAACCUGAUUGAAAAGAACCUGGAGAACAAAAAUCAUCCAAAACUUCUGCUGCGCAGGACUGAGUCAGUAGCAGAGAAGAUGUUAACAAACUGGUUCACAUUUCUGCUGUACAGAUUCCUAAAGGAAUGUGCUGGAGAACCCCUUUUCAUGCUGUAUUGUGCUAUCAAGCAGCAAAUGGAGAAAGGCCCAAUAGAUGCCAUUACAGGAGAAGCCCGGUACUCACUUAGCGAGGACAAGCUAAUUCGACAGCAGAUCGACUAUAAGAUGUUGACUCUGAACUGUGUGUGCCCCGAGAGUGACAGUGGUACUGAAAUCCUAGUAAAAGUGCUGAAUUGUGAUACAGUGACUCAGGUAAAGGACAAGCUUCUGGAUGCUGCGUACAAGGGUAUUCCUUACUCCCAACGACCCAAGGCAGAAGACAUGGAUUUAGAAUGGCGUCAGGGACGUAUAGCUCGGAUCAUCCUUCAAGAUGAAGAUGUGACGACAAAGAUAGAGUGUGACUGGAAGAGGUUGAAUACGUUGGCACAUUAUCAGGUAACAGAUGGCUCAACUGUAGCUUUAAUUCCAAAGCAGAUAUCUGCAUACAACAUUGCUAACUCAUUCACCUUCACAAGGUCCCUGAGUCGAUAUGAAAGCUUGCUAAGGACGUCUAGUAGCCCAGAUAGCUUGAGGUCCAGAGCACCAAUGAUCACUCCAGACCAGGAGACAGGCACCAAAUUGUGGCACUUAGUUAAAAACCAUGACCACUUGGACCAAAAGGAAGGUGACCGUGGCAGCAAGAUGGUCUCUGAGAUCUAUCUGACACGCCUACUUGCCACCAAAGGUACAUUGCAAAAGUUUGUGGAUGAUCUGUUUGAAACUGUGUUCAGCACUGCACACCGGGGCAGUGCGUUGCCCCUUGCCAUCAAGUACAUGUUCGAUUUCCUGGAUGAGCAGGCUGAUCGUCGGCAGAUCUCUGACCCUGAUGUCCGUCACACAUGGAAAAGUAACUGCCUGCCACUGCGGUUCUGGGUGAAUGUUAUCAAAAACCCACAGUUUGUAUUUGACAUCCACAAGAACAGUAUCACAGAUGCCUGCUUGUCUGUAGUAGCUCAAACCUUCAUGGACUCCUGUUCCACAUCAGAGCACCGACUCGGGAAGGAUUCACCCUCUAACAAACUCCUUUAUGCCAAGGACAUCCCCAGCUACAAGACUUGGGUAGAAAGGUACUACAGAGACAUUUCAAAGAUGGCACCGAUCAGUGACCAGGACAUGGAUGCCUACUUAGUGGAACAGUCACGCUUGCAUGCCACGGAGUUCAAUACACUUAGCGCUCUCAGUGAGCUUUAUUUCUAUGUCAACAAGUACAGGGAAGAGAUCCUCACAUCUCUGGAGAGGGAUGCUUAUUGCAGGAAGCACAAACUGCAUCAAAAACUGGAGCAGGUGAUUAGCCUUAUGUCAGGCAGCAGCUGAAAACUGGUGAAUAUGAAGGAUUCUGGGAUUACAAAUGGACGCCAUCUCUGACUCUGAGCAAGGCGGACCAAUAAUGGUUCUCCCUUCUCCUGCCUUUCCUGUGUUCUGCACCAGAAAGGUGGGACUGAUGAAGAUCAUACCCUGGCACAAACUUUAUAAAGAAAAAGGGAUCUAACAUGGCUGGGCCACACAUCCUCCAUAAUAACAAGCACACCAGGAAAUGAACAUGGAGGCCUGCUGUACACUGUUCAUAUCACCGGCACCAGCAAGUUACUUAAGUUGCCGAUUCAUCCUGCUGAAGGAGUUGUCCUCCCUUCUUUGUGUUUUUGUUGUGUUCACUAGAAUCUGUUGCUGUCAAAUUAAGUUAGAAAAAGGGGAGGGACGAGAAGAAAAAAGGACCUUCCUUCCAUGGCUGUCUUAAAUUUUAACCUCUUGGACAAAUUCUAUGGAUGCUGAGAAACAGGAUGAUAUAUGGCUAUGCUCCCUGGUUAUAUACCACAGCUUACAGUUUUGUGGCCAUUUAUAACAUGAAAUGAAAAGAGAACUUUUUUAUACAGAAAACUGUGGCUUAUAUGGCAUACUGUAGCACUUCACAUUGGCUGUUAGUAGACUAGUAACUUGGGAAAAGUCAAGAAGAAGCACCAAAAAAUAUGUGUACAUGGCUAGCCCUAGUAAAACAGCUAACAAGUGCAUAUGUGUAUGUGCAUAAGAAAGCAUAGUGCAGAUGAACACCUAAAAGCUAUAGUAUUCAGUGAGUGUUACCCUCACACACCCAACAAACUAACCUGGGUGAUCCAGAGACUGCCAUAUCAGAAAGAAUGAACAUAACAGUUCCAUAGCUGUAAUAUUGUUCACUGUCUCUAUGCCAUAACAGCGAAGGCUACUGAAAGGAGGCGAAGCAUGGGAGGGGAGGUGCUGUGCAAUAAUAUGUUGUAUAUGUUUGUAUGUAUGUGCAUAAGACAGUCCUUGUAAGUCCAAGAAUGAUUCUGACCUCAGAAGCACUAUGUGGAACAGGUAUAGCAAUCACAAAAUCAAGAAUCAUGGAAGAAAGUAAUGUACUCUCUUAAUGGUUUAAGGUGUUAAGUGUUACCACAUCUGGACUGUCAAGCAUACUGGACUUUUAUUUUUGUUUUGUUUCUAAAGUUGUUCUCUGUUGUUGUAUCUUAUUUGUUUGGGAGGUGGGGAGGAGGGUAAUUUAAGAAAUGAGACUGAAAUAUUCCAUCUGUGUUGCUAACUGGUUUUCAGUGCCUUUUCAAACAUAUUCUAGCAAGUAGAAGCAGAAAACUUUAAAACCACCUGUGGGGGUGGUGGACCCAUUUUUCAUACCACCUGUGGUGCCAUUCAUUAUAAGUAGUGUUUAUAUUUAUAGCUGUAUAUAGUAUAAUAAUUCUGGAAGCAAGGCACAGCAGUAAAAAAUAUCACCAGCCCCUGGAUACUAACUUUCUUCUGCACAUUGAUGAGGGUUUCCAUUUUGUUCUAUAGCUAGGAGUGCAAAAGACACCCAUUUUGGCACUCUGAAUAAAUCAGAAUAUCUAUAUAAUUUAUUUAUACCUUUUACAGCUGAGAGCAGAGUGCAUUUUUUCUGCUGCAAUACAAAAUGUCUUGGAUACUGUCAGGAUGUUUCAACCAGUGUAGCAAAAUUUUAUGCUGAGCAUCUGUCCUUUUUAUUGUAUUCAUAAUAACUCUCAAAAUAACAUUUAUACCUCCUGCUCUUCUUCAGCACUGUUAUCCUGUUCUACUUUCAUGCACACUGCUACCGCUGGAAGGGUAUGUAAGAAUUUCUUCAAGUGAGAAGGUGACAUUCAUAUAGCCACAACAGUACUUUGCUUUAUAUAGAAGGAUGACCUAUCUUAGGCUCUUUCAUCAGUUAGUGGAUGAUGUCAACUGGGCAUAAGUAUUUGUUUUAGGUAUACUGCCUGGGAAAACAGCCAGGUUGACUAUCUUAGGUAGAAUCACAUGCAAAUUGAGGCACUGAGACUCAACCCUUGAUCUUCUUCAUGAAGAUGACUUGCAGAUCAUUGCUGGAAUCACUGAGCUAUACUAAUAUUCUGUGCAUAUUUCUAUGAUGAUUCCCAUCCCGUAAAGUUUAGGAGGUGUAAGCAGUACUGGACUAUGCCUACCCACUGGGUAUAUGCAAAUCUGCAUAUAGUGCUCAUAUAGUCUGACAUUAUUACACUGAUGUUGUUUUUCAGAAUUAGCUGUGCUACAUUCAGUCGUGUAGAUGCCUGAGAUGCCCCAGAUGAAACUUCUGGUAUGCUAUAAAGAGUGCAAGUCAUUAUUUGGAGUAAGUCCAAUAAAACAUCUUUUCAUGAUAGCAGAAUUAGCAAGGUAGAUGGGAACAGUAAGCAAAUAAAAACAAUUCAAUUUCAAGAAGGUCCUUGUUGUAUAGCUAGAGGUACUAUGUUAACUGCUGUGUUAGGAUUUUCCAGAGCCUCAAAUGAUCCUAUGAUGCAAGUUGAAAGUCAGACAAUCAGCUGUUUGGUGUUUCCAUAUAAAAGUACGAUUCUAAUGCCACUUUUUGCUGCUACUACAGAAUUAAUAUUUUACUCAACAGACAAGAAUUGAAUUUCCAUUUAUGAAGACUAUGUUUGAAUACCUGCAUUUUGUCACGUCAGAUCAGUUUAUACAUGAAAUAGGUAACAAUCCUUGGUUGUCCUACCCCACAAAAGGUUUGUUGUGGUAUCACAGUAUGUAAUCCAAUGUUGAUGGAAAAUGAAUCAAGCUGGAAGGUUAGAACAAGGAACAAAGGCCAAGGGCUCCGUGAUUAUGAGCAAUCAUAAUUUGUUCAGAGAAGGAACCUGUAAAUAUUCUGAUAUGUUUCUUAUGAUAGGAUAAUAUGUAAUAGUAAGAUAACCACUGAAUCAAGUUCCUUGAGGUUUCAGGUAAGGAAUAUCAUGCAACAGAAUGCUUUGGAAGGGUAAAGGCAAGCCUAGCACAUUUCCAAAUGACCCAUUUUAAUUUUCUAACCCUGCAAGUAUUGUGUAAUGAAGUGUAACACCUCAAACUACCAUUCAAACCCAUAAUUUCCACUUUCCUUGAUCCCUCAGAUUUACACUGUGUCCUCCCUGUUGUCUGCAUCAGUGGUUGUGUUAGCACAGGUAUAUCUCAUUCACUUAUAAAGUCCAUCGAUAUCUGUCUUUGCAGUGAGCAACUGUGUUGCUAUGUGACAUGCCAACAAAGGGAAAAGGGGUAAAAAGAAACCAAUUAAGGCAUUGGAACUGAAUUCAAAAGGAACACGAGAAUGAAUAAAUUAGUACAUGUAAUGGAGAUAAAUGUGUUAGGCCAGCAAACUGAAGCACUAAUUCAGUCUAGAAAUAGUUUUAAAACUGGGUGGGACAGCCGCAGCAGGUUAAUUAGAAAUGUUCAGGAAUGAUAAGGAUUGCUUGUCUUUCUUACAACUAUAGAAGAGCGCAAGGGUACGUAUACCAAUGUCCCAGGAUCCCACCCUAAGUUUAUUAAACUGUAAAUGUCAAAUAUUGAUCAUCUCACCAUUCUAGUUGCUAUAGCUGAAGAACAUAUCUCUCCCCUUUGCAUUUUUUUCAUGUUGUAGUAAUUAGUCUUUUCACAAAAUGGAUAAUAACAAGAUGUUUUUCCAGACAUACCUCUCAACUGUACAUAGUUUCGCAGAAUGUCCAGAUUUGUGCCUCAUAUUUUUGGUCUGUUCUUCAUAAAAUGCUGGUUUUCUGACAAAUCAUUGGCAAAGCAUUGAGAAUGGAAGUCUAAAAAUAAUGACAGGCAUUUGAGUUUCAGACUUCACAUCCUUUAGAAAAUGCAUGCUAAUGCAAAACAUGUUAUUCUAUCAACCAUCUAUGUUUGUAAGAGCAAUAUUUUAAACUUUUCCCUGUUUAUGGGCCUUUGCCCCCUCAUUAUUUAUGGCUUUGUUCAGAUUUCUUGCUCUAAGAGGUUGAGAGAUAUGUAAUUCCAGAAGAACAGACACUGUCGUUAGAUAAAAUCCUGUGGCUAGCAGUAGCUGUUUUUAUAUAGCAUGAACGUUAAGGUUUCAUUUGUAUGCAAAGGAGGGUGCAAAGGACACGUUGUGGUUCACAGGGAAGAGAUAUAUUCCCUGUGAGAAAAUGCCUGUUUGAACCAAAACACUGUGUUUCAUGUGGUCUAGUUAGAGCUCUGUAGCUUUCUCCAGCCUGUAUUUGCUUAUAAAGUAAUUUUGUUUUCAUGGGCAUAUAAUCUUCUGAGUCUGAUCCCUAGGAGAUGGUUUCAUUUUUUCUCACUAGCCCUGUCUACUUUAUAUCUUCCAGGGAAUACAAUAAAACCUUUUCCCCUGCCAUAAUUUCACUUGUGCUAUAGUGCAUUUCCUUUUUUUAAUUUCGUUGCCUUUCUCUGAACCUUUUCCACCAUGCCAUUGUCUUUAUAUAGUUGUUCUAUCUGUUUGAAACUUACCCCCAAUGACAUCAGAGAUAGUGAGGACACUGGAAGAGACAACAAGGCUGCAUAAUUAAUUGAAAGGGAUGUAGUGCAUUUCAUACUUAGCUAAAAGCAAAUCUGUAUUCCUUGAUACCUGUAAAUAAUAUCCUGCUUUGUUGCAGCUGCUGUGAAUAUUUUCUUUGUUGCAGUUAUGAGGGGGGGGGGGGUUCAUUUCUCUAUUUCAUUAUAUACUAAGUAUUUAUCUCAUGAAUAUCAGGCAGCUUUGGUGACCAUUGCAUAACUUUGUUAAACAUACGUAAUUCCAGCAUAAUCCUUAUUGUAGAGCCCCACUUCCAUCUUAAUGGCUGUGUAUGUUUUAAUGAUUAUGUGUGAAAUGUUGGCAUUGCAUUCUUUCCAUCAAAAAAAAAAGAAAGAAAGAAAAAAAAAUCAGGUAUAAUCUUGAAUGGUGAGACAUUUUGGGCUGUUGGUGUGGAUAAAGUAUGUGAGGUGGAAUAAUCUAUUAUAUAGGCUGCCAAAUGGCAUAAUUAAGUAGCUUGUUUAAAAUCUGAGAGGAAGUUUGUUGGUUAGAAUAAUACUGAAGGUUGUUCAGAGCACCAUUUCAUUCUUUUUUAGUAUUUGCACCUUGUAAGCAAUGCAAGCAGAUGUUUAUCAUUCUGCUGAUUUGUUUCUGUAUCUCCUUUCUAUACCUGAAAGAUGGAUAUUCUACUGUCUCCAUCAUGAAAGGCCAACUCUGUGCAAUUUCUAACACUUCUGGCCCAAAAAUCAUCUGAUGUGGGUCUGUCAAGAUGGUAGUGCGUUACAUGGAUAAUCUGAGGUGGGGUCUGCAGCAUGAUAGUAGUGUAUUACAUUGCUAAUCUGAAGUGGAGUCUGCAUCAUGAUGGCAGUGUAUUACACUGAUAAUCUGAAGUGCGGUCUGUAGCAUGAUAGUAGCGUAUUACAUUGAUAAUCUGAGGUGGAGUCUGCAUCAUGGCGGUAGUGUGUUACAUUGAUAAUCUGUGGUAGGGUCUGCAGCAUGAUGGUAGUGUAUUACUAAUCUGAAGUGGGGUCUGCAGCAUGAUGAUAGUAUAUUACACUGAUAAUCUGUGGUGGGGGUCUGCAGCAUGAUAGCAGUGUGUUACAUUGCUAACCUGAGGUGGGGUCUGCAGCGUGCUGGUAGUGUAUUACAUUGAUAAUCUGAGGUGGGUUCUACAGCAUGAUGGUACCGUAUUACAAUGAUAAUCUGAGGUGGGGUCAGCAGCAUGAUGGUAGCAUAUUACAUGGACUGCAUGUAUCUUUGAGGCUUGUUGUUUCGGCCCCUCUUAUGGCCUUCUGACUGCUGUUGGCAUGUGGAGCCAUCAGGUAUCAUGUUGAAUGAAAAUCGUACCAGCACUUUGCCCAAAGUAUCUGCAUUUGUCUGGAGAACUUCUUGGCAUUCAUGGGUCUGUAUCAGUUCAUUACAGCAUCCUAAAAAGACAGUUGCAUGCAGAAAUCCAGCAAAUUAUGUGAUUGAUACUGUAAUAUGUGUUCUCAAGUGUGAUCAGUGUCAUUUUACAAAGGCUGAGAUCACUGAAAUCUAAGAGAAUUCCCUUUAGACUGAUGCAGUAAUCUUGAAGUUGGUAUAUUGCAGGGGGUCUAUAUUAAAAUCAUGAAGAGGCGUUACAUCAUGCACCUCUUCACCGACACAUAAAACAUCGAACGAUGUAAACCGCAAAUGGUCAAAACAGCAAUUACUUUCCUAGGAAAGAAAUCACUAGUACCAAACACACAACACACACACACACACACACACACACACACACA